AUGGCCCAGGUGGAUGUGACCUGGCAGGUCGAGGACGGCGCUCGCCACAACUUCUCGCCGGCCUCUGUGCGCCACGCAAAGGGUCUCUUCGUGGCCUCCGCUCCAUGCUCCGAUCUGCCUGGCUGGGGCAUGGAAGAGACAGACCUCGAUGCGCGCAUGAUGUCACUGACGUCCUGGUUGGACUUGCUCUGCCAGUGCAAGAUCAAGCACGUGCUGUGUCUGAUGGGAGAUGAGGAGAUGAAACGGAAGUUUGGCCCUUUGGGAGACGGCGGCUUGGAGAAGACGGUGCAAGGACAGGGCAUGAGCUUCUUCCAGGUCGCUGUUCCAGAGGAGGCGGAAAUUCCCCUAAGUCCGGCGGCGCUCGCCGCGGCACUCGGCACACUCCGGGGGUUGAAGCUGAGCGAGGAGAGCGCCGUCGUUCUCUGCCGUGAUGGACGCUCGAUUUCUUCAGCGGUGGCGGCCUCCUGGCUCGUCUUGGACUGUGGUCAGGCGAUCGAUGACGCGGUCGCUGCUGUUGUGGACUCCGCCACGGCGGUUGGAGCCUGCAGGACGCCACUGCAAGCCUUCGAAAGCAGCCGCGAGGCCUUCUCGGCUGCCCUCUCCGCAGCCAGUUGA